AUGUAUCCAAACCUAAACGCUAUUGAGCAUCUGUGUGGCAUCCUCAAACAGAAGGUGAAGCAAGUAGAAGAGGACUCCACUGACAACCUUGUCCUGUUGCCAUUCUGCAGAAACUCCAUCGCUCCAGACGUCAGUGUCCUGAAUCAGACCGAUGACUCUGGUGUCAUCUGCAAACUUCAGGAGUUUGACAGAGGGAUCAGUAGAGGUGCAGAUACUGAAGCUAGUGAUCCUCUGACAGAUGGAAGUGGGUACAGAGAGCUGGGUGAGUUUAAUCAGGAGGGUAUCUGGGAUGAUGGUGUUAAAAGCAGAGCUGUAGUCCACAAACAGGAUCCUAACCAGCACAACCACACUUUCCCGGAAUGGCUGGUCAGUGCCUGUUUAACUUCUCAAAUCUCUUGUCUUUGUUCCACUAACAGCGCCGGCCCCAAAGGAGACAAUAUCUAUGAAUGGAGGUCAACUAUUUUAGGACCACCCGGCUCUGUGUAUGAAGGAGGGGUCUUUUUCCUGGACAUUGCAUUUACACCUGACUACCCAUUUAAACCACCCAAGGUAACGUUUCGUACGAGGAUCUAUCACUGUAACAUCAACAGUCAGGGUGUGAUCUGUCUGGACAUCCUGAAGGACAACUGGAGCCCGGCGCUCACCAUCUCGAAGGUGCUGCUGUCCAUCUGCUCUCUCCUCACAGACUGUAACCCAGCGGAUCCUCUGGUCGGGAGCAUCGCCACACAGUACUUGACCAACAGAACAGAACAUGACAGAAUAGCUAAACAGUGGACGAAGAGAUACGCCACAUAAAGCCUGGCUCCCGUCCCGUCCCGUCCUCGACUCAAACACACACUAUACCCCCCUCAGCCCUGCUGUGCCUCUACCUCUCUCUCCCCGUCUGCUGAAGCACACUCACCAAGUGCAACAAUAGAUCUGGCCCUUCUUCCUUCCAACUUCCUGUAGACCUUUCUGUGAAGAAACUCUCCUUUGUUGACUUGAAAGCUUCUUUUUAUACAAAGAGUAGAUUGGGACUUUAUUUUCCAAUUAUCUGAAUGUUUGAAUUCCCUUGGGAGAAAAGGAAUACUAUUGUUAUUAUUAUUAUUAUUAUUGUCCUUCAACUUAAUGUAUGCAUAUCCUUUCUUUUAAAGUGGCAUCAGGAACAAAUACAGCUUAUAUGAACUACUUUGAGUUUCUCAUAACUGUAUAAUGUAUUUCUUUAAUUUCUCCUCUCUCUCCUUUUGUUAGAAGUCAGUAAGGUUUCCAUGCAUGUAACUGCAAACUCUGCCCUCUUGUUUUGUUUGUAUGUAUUUUUUAAACUCAAUGUCAUGGCGGCCAUUGGACGAUAGGCUUGCUUGUGAAUUAAAAAAAAAUAUGAAAAGAAAAAAAAAAAAAAAUGAUGUGUACAUAUUGCUACAUGCCAGCUCUGGCCAGAAUGGACUGUUGUGCACUUGCUUCAUGAAAAACAGCAUAAAUAAACACUGUGGCUGAAUUGUCA